AUGGCAGGCAUGAAAACAUUAAUCAUUAUUUUCGUUAUCAUGUUCCCAGUCGCGAUGAUAACAGAGGAAGAUGUAAAUCAUGGAGGUAAUAACUACGACAAAAAUUUAAUUGGGCACCUGCAGAUUGUCACCAUUUUAUUUCAACAUCCGGUCUCUGCUUCAUGUACAGAAAGCCGCUUAACAUUUUCAUUUUUACACUUUACCUAAAGUAUCAUUCCGCGCAUUUAUUCACCAUAAUUUUUACACCGUCCAUACAAUUGGCAUGAGAAUUGUUUUCAAUUUUUCCUGUGGGUAAGCGGUCAUCAUAAGAGAAAUUGAAGACAAUUAACCAUAAGGCGAAAACCUCUCUAAGAAGGAUAACUGACACUUUCAAAACCGUCAACAGUCCCUUGAGAAGUGCUUUAGGUAGUGAAAAAUACCUCUAAACGGAAAUGUAGGUGCACUACAUGACAAGUAAUUGCAAUUAGGGUAAGCAAAUUACAUACCCAUUCCAAAUGCAGUACGCGUCUUCUUACAGCUCGUAUCUUCUAAACACCUCAUGGAGAACCUCUUAACCUAUAAAACAUCUAUCUUCUCCGUCUUUUAGCUGAACUCUUUGAGCCUAAUGGGAACUUCAAAUGGUGAUAUCAAAAACAAACCAUUAUAACGAAUUAAUUUUCAUAAGCUUAAGUACUUACAGUGAUGUACUGUAGCACCCCGGCAACUCGAACUCUGAGGGGAAACGAAAAACAGUUCGAGUUAGCGAGGUAUCGGGGUCGAUUGAAAAAUUCAAUUUACCAUGUCGCAGUUAUUUUUUGGUCAAGGGAAAGGAAUUUUAGUUCGUGUUGGCGAGGAAUUCUAAUUUUCCGAUUUGGAGUUGACUGAGUUAAAAUGACUAGAAAGUGGGGUGAAAUCCAAGGGAAAUUGUACUUAGUUUGAGUUAGUGAUCGAGGAGUUCGAGUUAUCCGAGUUCGAAUUAUCGGGGUUCUACUGUAUCACUAUCUUUUUUUGCUUGAGUAUAAACUGUUGUUAAAAGCAGCAAAUACUGAAUUUUCAUUACUUUGUAGCCUUGUUCCGAUUCCUCCUUUCUAGUACAUUGAUUCUGUUUUUUUAUUGUUUUGCACAAGUAAAAUAUAUGUGGACUGUAUUUAUUGCGAAUAUUCUUGUAAUUACUGGCGCCAUCUUACUUUGACUCUCUAUUACCGGGACAGCUCUCUUUAAUAGACGGGGAGUUAUUAUUAUUAUUAUUAUUAUUAUUAUUAUUAUUAUUAAUUUAUUUUAAUUUUUAUAUUCAUUAUUGUUUUGCACGAUUGAUAAAAUAUCGUUAGCUUACAAAUUAAGAUGUACUGUUCAUAUGUGUUGCUGGCUUGCAGUUUGUCCUGUUCCAAAGACAAAAGAGGAAGAGGAGUUUAUUAAAGAGCGGGAAAGGAACAGAGAGUUAAUGGAAGAAAUCGCCAGAGAAAUUGAAAUGACCUGCUUAGGUAAGUUAAAAAGUGAAAAAGAAACAACAAUAAUAAUAAUAAUGACUUACGCUUUUAGUUUAAGCCAUUUAAUUUAGUUGGUAAGCAGCGAAUCCAGGAAGUUAUUCAACCGCGGCAGUGUUAGCUCAGUCGGUAGAGCGCGCUGACUGCAGAGCGGGAGGUCGCGGGUUCGAUUCCUGGGGCCGGACCAAUACUCAGGGUCUUAAAAUAACCGAGAAAUGAAGGUACUUCCUUUGCACUGCAACAGGCUAGACCUUCGCGUGUCUCGGAUGACCACGUAAAAUGGCGGUCCCGUCUCCAGUUGGAGACGUAAACUGUGUAUAGUGUCCCCAAUUAGUACUUUCGUGCUGAAUACAUUGACACUCGAAUAAAAAAAAGUUCAAAUACAUACACUGUCUACAGGUAGUCAUUUCGACUCCUGAAGGAGGAUCAUAAGGUUGCAAGAUCGAUAUCUCUCUUUACAGAUAACCCACCCAACCCAGGAGAGGUUGGGCACACCACGGGGUCAAUGUCCCUUACUCUUACUCGUACCAGGUAAGUGAAAGUACUGUGUGAGAGGGGACCAACGGGUUUUCGUCCUUAUAUCCUAGAAGUCUCAAGAAAGUCUAACCGUUUGCAGAUGUCAUUACAAAGGCAGCGCUUGCUUCUCAGUAAUUUUAAGAGCCUGAGUGUUUUUGCGGUCGGGAUUUUAACCCCCGACCUCCAGCGGCAGCAAACCAGCGCUCUCCCGGCUGAGCUAACCAGACGGCGGAGGUUAAUAAGAACUUGGCACACUGCUACCUUAUUAUGGAAAUCCUGACUGAUCCUGUCAGAGUUAUAAACAAACAUUGUGGGCAAAAAUCCAUCGUCUAAUUUUGCUAUUUGUCUACUACUCUUUUCAAUUUGAUUUACCCCUAUUCCGGAAAGCUAACUACAAGGCACAAUUCCAUGGAUUGUAAGGCUAUAAGUUGGACUAGAUAAUAAAGGAAUGAAAGAGAGCAAGCAAGAAACCUCCAGAAAACAUUUAUGCCAGUUUUAGUCUUUUCUCAAAACGCACAAAAUUUUCGGACUUGGAACCAGUAAUGGUAAACAUUUUUGACAAAUGAUUUCUAGUCCAUGAGCCGUUUUGUGAGAAGUGGGCAAAAAUUCAAUGAAGUAGUAAUCCCUGAUUAGAUAUAGUUUCCUUGUGACAAAUGUAUAUCAAAUAAAUCAUAUUGGAGAACUGCAGAAAUGAAAUCAAAUGAAGAAUGAUCCUCGCAGUUGUGAACGCAUUUUUUUACGCAAUUACGUAAGAAGCCUGAAAAAAAUUCAGGACUUUAACGGCAUUUGAACCCGUGACCUCGCGAUACCGGUGCGACGCUCUAACCAGCUAAGCUAUAAAGCCAUUGAUGUUGUAGGUGGUCAAGCCAUUUUUGAGUGAAAACGCAUGUUUUUUCAACUUUUUUGCCAUUUUAACCUGAUUUCUAAUUCUUUCUAAAAUCCACCCAAGACGGGCGGCCUAGAUGGCGUUCAUUGUUGGGGACGUCACAGGGCUCCAGCAGCGCCACCACCUAUAAAUUAUACUUCAUCUUGAGAGAAGAUCAGAGGCUUUCCACUAAAGGCAAAAUCGUUUGGAAAUACUGCAAUAUAUCAGAAACUCCGAGGAGGGAUUCCAUCAACCCCCUCCCCUUGUACCACGGUGGGGGUAUGAAUUUGCCUGUACGUCCGAUUGUUAAUAAAUCCGAAUCAGAAUUUCAUGGAUUUCCCGUAUUACCGUUCUAUUAGGAAAUGCGAAAAAAGAUUUGUAAAACUGUUCGCGUGCAAGACAACUAUUCUUGAGAACAGCUUUUCAAUAAAAGCAGAACUUAGCUGUGAAACUAAAACUUGCCGACUAGUAACAGUGGAGCUCAGACUAAACGUUAGCGUAAACGGAAAAGAGCCAAUACCGCUAUUAGCACGACAAAUUAGUGAAUUUACGCAACAAAACGGCAGAAAGAAGAGGACGGCAAAACGCUUGUAUGCGACAAUCGUGACAGGUCUAUUACUUUUUGGUGAUCUUCACUUAAGUUAAUGUUUUCUGGUCUUUUGCAAAAAGACCCGUUUAAAGAAAGGGGAAGUUCGGCGGGAAGUUCACGCUUGUUACACAAGGUAUGCCUUCUUCUUUCCUCUCCCGUACUGUUGCGUAAGCUCACUCUUAGUGAACUUAAUUACGCAACUGGACGGGAGAGGAAAGAAGACGGCAAACAAGCGUGACAAUAAUUUUGUUUGAAACAACUUUUCGCCAAACUUCACUCUCCUUUAAACGGAAUUUUUUUGUAAAGACUAGUAAACGUUAAUGUUAAGUGAAUAUAUCACGACAAAACACGUACGUAAUAGUCCUAGCCUGUCACUUUUGUCAUGCACAAGCGUUUUGACGUCCUCUUCUUCCUACCAUCCUGUUGCGUAAACUCACAAUUAUCCCGCGCUGACGUCAGUCCAAAAGCAAGCGAAAUACUAAGACCAGAAGUUCAAUUUCACUUGCAUAGCAGCCACGUAGCCUAGCAACACGAUACGACAAGGGGCCCUAAGGCAUGCAAGUUUCUUGAUUGGAGUAUUGAGACCAACGUUUUCUCAGUAGGAUUCUUGUUGAAAGCACGUCAACAGAUAUAUAUUUUUUUCAUAGUUUAUAAUAAUUUGAACCAGGAGAUCAUGAUCUCAGUUGUUUGAGCUCAAACAUUGUUGCAAAUAUAAAUAAUCAAAACAACUGUUAAGCUAGCUUAAAGUGUGAAAACUAACUUUAUCGGUAAAGGAAGAAAGAAAUUCUUAUAAGUAACUUCUACUUGCUGAUUUGUAGACGAGUGUGAAACAGGACUGCAUAACUGCCACGAUGAUGCAUACUGCACCAACACCAAGCGUUCCUUCACGUGUACUUGCAAACGAGGAUAUUCUGGGGAUGGUGUCAACUGUGCAGGUAACAAACCUACAUACGCAGCGUGAACUUACAGGAUCUAAACUUUAGUUGUACGCCAUCGCAGCAGAAAUAAGAAAUAAGCCAAUAAGAAAAUAAAUCUGCAAAAGCUGCAAACUGGUUUCGUAUUUAUGUAAGUGACAUAUUGCUAUAAGUAGCAUGAAACAAAAUAAACAAAAUAAGUACUGCUUACCACUGAAUUCGUUUUGGAAAGUUUAAUUCAAGCGUAGACCAUUUCAGGGUUACCGUUCGAAUGCAUUGCGCUACUAUCUCUCAUUCGAUAGGAAUAAAAAUCGAACUUGGUCAGUCUGAUAAUUUACCCUUAUUUAUUUCCAGACGUUGACGAGUGUAAUACAAAAAAACACCAAUGUGAUGAAGCUAUUUCAUUGUGCGUUAACACUAAAGGAUCCUUCGAGUGUUACUGUCUAAAAGGGUAUUUUAAAAGUGGACAACAUAAAUGUACAGGUAACAUCCACUUUAAGAUCUCUUAAUUGAAACAUUCAGAUACUUCGUAGCCACGUCUUUUGUUUAUGUUAAGUUAGCGUCCUUACAAUUAUCUAUUUUAAGUUUUUUUGGCGCCUUAAGUUGAAACGGGUUUUCUUUGAGCGACGCAUGCCAACUGGAAGUAAAUCCUUAUCCCUUUUAAUAUACAUAAAAACUACCAAAUCUGUAUUGCCUACCUCUUUUCAGUGUCUUAAUUAACUAUUAUAGUGGCGGUUUGCCCGGGGAAACUACCUAACAACAAGAAUGAAAAUAGACAACAACUGGUCGACGUUAGUUGCCCAGGGUGCGUUGCCCAACGCCUUUGCUUAUAAACUCCCUAUAUCAUAAUUAGCCUGCUCCCACGCAGACGUUAUUAGGUGAGUCAUAUAUAUAGUUCCUCUCCACAAGAGGAAGGGAGGAAUGCGACUCUCCUAGAAAGGCCUGUGUGGGAGGCUAAUUUUUUAAAUUAAGUACCAGAUGUUACCUGGAACUAGCAAUGACUCUAGCCUGCUUAGCAGGGGCUUGAACCUAAUCCAGAAAAUAGCUAGUAUGGGCGAAAGGAAGGUCGGAGCGCGCGAGGGAGACACGCAGGAAGGGAGGUAGCGCCUGCCUGAGAGGUCAAUGAAAAUCGAACCAAAAGAAAAAAAAACAAAACAAAACAACACAAAACAACCUUUUUUGCAUUAUGAUGUCACCAAAGUCCAAUUAAUUUUAAGUCGCGUCAGUUUCCAACAACGUAAGGCAGAUAACUGUUAUUAUGGUAGGCCAAAGUUACUUGCAAUAAAAGAAAAGAACACUAAAUCAGUUUUUUUUAUUCAGUGCCUGACUUUUGAAUUGCAGAUGAAAAUGAGUGUGAAACAGGAAAGCACAACUGUCAUGCAAACGCUAUUUGCAAAAACACUAAAGGAUCCUUUGUGUGCACCUGCAAGCCAGGGUAUUCUGGGGAUGGACUUAACUGCACAGGUGAAAACAAUACCUCGGUCUUCUUUAUGAUGAAUCUUUUUCUAAUCAACUCCAUUUAUCUCGCUUUAAAGCCAAGUUCAGCCACAAGGUAGUAUGCAGCUUAGUCUCUGGUAGUGCAGUUUGUUCUUUUAAGCUGAAUAAGUAUGGAAAUGCUCUUGCAUUAUAAAAGUUUGUGAUUUGCAGUAUCUGUAUGCAAUUUUAGCCUUAUACAUCCUUGAGAUAUUUAUUUAAGUUUUUUUAUGUAUUAUUAUAUUGUGCCCAUUCAAGAUUGUCAUGUCCGAACACGCAUUUACGCUGGGUGAGCUUACUACAUUUAAUUAUAUCAAACCAAUGUACACAAUUCCGUCUUUAGAGUAUGAGCGGAAACGUGUCCUUUUUAUCCCUCAUUCUGUUGGCCAUUUUUCUUUAGAGAGGAAGUCAUUCUGUAUUCUCUAAUAUCUUGCUUCCUUAGGUCUCGCGAAUCCUCUAUCUAUACAUUUGAUGUCAUUUCUGAAUUUCUCACCUGCUCAAUAUAUAGCAAAAAUGUUUUUGCUUUUCAGUAUAGACAGAAAUCUCUCUCUCCCUCUCUCUUCUUAUCGUAACCAAUCCUAGGAAAUAAAAGGUUAAGUAAAUCAGUUUUGAUGAUUCAGUCCUGCAUCUGAUUUGCAGACGUAAACGAGUGUAUAACAGGAGAGCACAACUGUGACGCUAAUGCAGUCUGCAAUAACACUGAAGGAUCUUUCGAGUGUACUUGCAAGCCAGGGUAUUCGGGGAACGGAGUUAACUGUACAGGUGAUUAUAUUUCAGUAAAGACCUGGAUCGUCUUAAUGUUAAGGCUAUUAAUUCAGUAUUAUUUUGUCUCGAGUUCACGCGUUUGAGUCCCUGAGUAGAAUCCAAAAGUGACAUUUCCAAAUGUACAAAUAAGAGUUUGAAGUCUAGCCUUUGAUCGACAAAGUGAUCGUUGUCAUAAUUAUAUAGCAAUUACUGAAUGAGGCUGAGUAGGCUGCAUUUGAAAAAUUUUUAUGUAGAGCGAAGAGGAUGUUAUCCUCAAUCUUGCGUUGACUCAAUCCAGCUUGAUCGAAGUUUAGUACAUUUGAUCAAUCCACUGAAAGCGUUACUUCUCCCAGUAAAGAUAGGUCAUAGAUAAUAAAAUAAUCAAAUCCCAACCGGCUGAAGGCUGAAUUGUUUAAUUAUUUACAAUACAAUAAAAAGUAUAAAAUAAUGGUUAAAAACUAAUUUCAAUUUUGUUAACUAGAAAUAAUGAUAAUAAAGAACUGAAAAAGAAGGGAAAAUAACGUAAUGACACUUAAUCUUACAUUAUAAUAACAUGUUUGGACGGCUGCACAUGGCUGGUUUCAACGAAUUUUUGCAGCGGUCUGUGCGAAAGUGGGGCAAGUCGUAAACACUCUCGUGCCUGGUAUUGUAAUAACCUUGGUGGUUGGGAGAAAGCAGGCAAGCGAAUUUGUGCUGAUCCGAGGAUAUACUAUUAAACAGCUUAAUACCCUGAUCGUUACGCCUAUCAUAUAAAGUGCUGAGACCAAAACUGACUAAACAGUGUUUGUAUGAUUUAUCAGGCGCUAUUAUGGAAAGCGCUCUUUUUUGUACACGCUCACUUAGACAGUCGGGUAGGGUAUGGUGGAAAAUGGGCGAGCAAUAUUGUAGUACGGGUCUCAUUACUGUACAGUGGAAGUCAACAAUAUCUUUACAGCUCAAGCUGAACCAAAAAAAUCGUACCAAAAUAAAAACAAAACAAAACAAAACAACACAAAACAACCUUUUUUGCAUUAUGAUUUCACCAAAGUCCAAUUAAUUUUAAGUCGCGUCAGUUUCCAACAACGUAAGGCAGAUAACUGUUAUUAUGGUAGGCCAAAGUUACUUGCAAUAAAAGAAAAGAACACUAAAUCAGUUUUUUUUAUUCAGUGCCUGACUUUUGAAUUGCAGAUGAAAAUGAGUGUGAAACAGGAAAGCACAACUGUCAUGCAAACGCUAAUUGCAAAAACAUUAAAGGAUCCUUUGUGUGCACCUGCAAGCCAGGGUAUUCUGAGAAUGGAGUUAACUGCACAGGUGAAAACAAUACUUCGGUCUUCUUUAUAAUGAAUCUUUUUCUGAUCUACUCCAUUUAUCUCGCAUUAAAACCAAGUUCAGCCACAAGGUAGUAUGCAGCUUAGUCCCUGGUAGUGCAGUUUGUUCUUUUAAGCUGAAUAAGUAUGGAAAUGCUCUUGCAUUAUAAAAGUUUGUGAUUUGCAGUAUCUGUAUGCAAUUUUAGCCUUAUACAUCCUUGAGAUAUUUAUUUAAGUUUUUUUAUGUAUUAUUAUAUUGUGCCCAUUCAAGAUUGUCAUGUCCGAACACGCAUUUACGCUGGGUGAGCUUACUACAUUUAAUUAUAUCAAACCAAUGUACACAAUUCCGUCUUUAGAGUAUGAGCGGAAACGUGUCCUUUUUAUCCCUCAUUCUGUUGGCCAUUUUUCUUUAGAGAGGAAGUCAUUCUGUAUUCUCUAAUAUCUUGCUUCCUUAGGUCUCGCGAAUCCUCUAUCUAUACAUUUGAUGUCAUUUCUGAAUUUCUCACCUGCUCAAUAUAUAGCAAAAAUGUUUUUGCUUUUCAGUAUAGACAGAAAUCUCUCUCUCCCUCUCUCUUCUUAUCGUAACCAAUCCUAGGAAAUAAAAGGUUAAGUAAAUCAGUUUUGAUGAUUUAGUCCUGCAUCUGAUUUGCAGACGUAAACGAGUGUAUAACAGGAGAGCACAACUGUGACGCUAAUGCAGUCUGCAAUAACACUGAAGGAUCUUUCGAGUGUACUUGCAAGCCAGGGUAUUCGGGGAACGGAGUUAACUGUACAGGUGAUUAUCAACUUCAACUUCAACUUUAUUCAUUCACUUUCAGUUUACAAUUACACGAUAGCUUCCACCCGCGAAUAGGAGAGCCUAAUCGAGGCGGGGGAAGAGACACAAAUUUAAAGAAAGAAAAGAAAAAAAGAACUAUUUUACAAACAGUACCAGCUGUCGCAAAAUAAAAACUAUAGUAUGUAUUAAGCUAAUUUAAUUGCAAUAUGAUUUUGCACAGAGAAUAUAAAUUUAGUUGUGUUCCUGAGCAAGUUAAAUUUAAGUUGAUGCAUGAUUUCAGUGAUUUCAAGAUAGUCAUCAGAUUUAGAUAAAAUUUCAAAGAGCUUAUUCCUUAUCUUUUUCCGAAAGGUAGAUUUUGCUAAGUUUUUCAUAUCUGAGGGUAAAGAAUUCCAGAUUUUUGGUCCAACUCUUAGAAGAACUAUGCAUUUUUUCAAGCCUUGAGUGUUCGGUAUAGAAAUCAUCAUUGAGAGAAGAUCGGGUAGGAUAUGAGUGCACCUCAGAAAUCCUAGUAAAGGCUCUCUUGAUAUUUUCGGGUGCAGAAUUGUUAGAUUAUAUUUCAGUAAAGACGUGGAUCGUCUUAAUGUUAAGGCUAUUAAUUCAGUAUUAUUUGUCUCGAGUUCACGCGUUUGAGUCCCUGAGUAGAAUCCAAAAGUGACAUUUCCAAAUGUACAAAUAAGAGUUUUAAGUCAAGCCUUUGAUCGACAAAGUGAUCGUUAUCAUAAUUAUUUAGCAAUUACUGAAUGAGGCUGAGUAGGCUGCAUGUGAAGAAUUAUGUAGAGCGAAGAGGAUGUUAUCCUCAAUCUUGCGGUGACUUAAUCCAGCUUGAUCGAAGUUUAGUACAUCUGAUCAAUCCACUGAAGGCGUUACUUCUCCCAGUAAAGAUAGAUCAUAGAUAAGAAAAUAAUCAAAUCGCAGUCGGCUGAAGGCUGAAUUGUUUAAUUAUUUACAAUACAAUAAAAAGUAUAAAAUAAUGGUAAAAGACUAAUUUCGAUUUUGUUAAUUAGGAAUAAUGAUAAUGAAGAACUGAAAAAGAAAGGAAAAAUAACGUAAUAACACUUAAUCUUACAUUAUAAUAACAUGUUUGGACGACCACACAUGGCUGGUUUGAACGAAUUUUUGCUGCGGUUUGUGCGAAAGUGGGGCAAGUCGUAAACACUCUCAUACCUGGUAUUGUAGUAGCUUUGGUGGUUCGGAGAAAGCAACAAGCAAGCGAAUUUGAGCUUAUUCGAGGAUAUACUAUUAAACAGCUAAAUACACUGAUCGUUACGCCUAUCAUAUAUAUAGUGCUGAGACCAAAACUGACUAAACAGUGUUUGUAUGAUUUAUCAGGCGCUAUUAUGGAAAGCGCUCUUUUUUGUACACGCUCACUUAGACAGUCGGGUAGGCUAUGGUGGAAAAUGGGCGAGCAAUAUUCUAGAACGGGUCUCAUUGCUGUACAGUGGAAGUCACCAAUAUCUUUAAAGCUCAAGUUGAACCAAAAAAAAAAUACAAACGCUUAUUUGCUUUCCUAAUAGUUUCAUUUACUAUUCACCAAAUCAGUGGAUAGCAAUUUUCGCGCGUUCUGAUUGGCGAUUGGUGAUUUUUAUCCAACUGAUUUGGUAAGUACUAAAACAACCUAUCCCCCUCAUGGUCGGUUCAUAGCGCUCGGUAUAUUCCACCUGACUAUUCUGAUCACCUCCCCUUCGGGGGAUAGUUGUAUAUUAUAUAAACAUUCCACUUAAGAUCGUUAAUAAUAAUAAUAAUAAUAAUAAUAAUAAUAAUAAUAAUAAUAAUAAUAAUAAUAAUAAUAAUAAUAGGGACAGUACUUUCCUUAGUAUCUUUGCUGUCCCCAACAAUGCUGUUUGCUGGAUAACGUUCACGCCGACUCGCUUCAACUUUAAGGAGUACAUGAAGAGAAUCGGCGUGAACGUGAAGUUGGAAGUUAUCCAGAAAACGGCAUUGCUGGGGACAGCAGAGACACUAAGGAAAGUACUGUCCCUGUAAGAAGAAGGAAAAGAGAGCCCUGGGACCCGUGGUGACUAAUAUAGCAAUAAUAAUAAUAAUAAUAAUAAUAAUAAUAAUAACAAUAAUAAUAAUAAUGAUAAUAAUAAUAAUAAUGGAAACUUUAUUUGUGUUUUUGAAUGUACAAUUGUAAAUCUCGCUACGUAUAGGUAAUUUAAAAAUGCUGCUUGAAAUUGGAUUAUUAAAAAGAAAAACAAAAACAAAAACAAAGCAAAAGCAAACAAAAACAAAACAAAACAAAAGUAUGUUGCUCUAAUGGCUAUAUUUAUCAUUUUCUUGAUUAUAUAACGUUGCUGCUUUUUGUCAAUGCCAAUGUCUUUCAUCAUGUCUAAGAACGUGGAGCAUUCAUCAGAGAGAACGCCAAGGGAACUCAUGGAGAGAUUUACAAAUCUCACACAUCUGUAAUUUCUGCUCAUUUCGUUGAUCAAGUUCAGAUAUUUUUCUUUCUUACGCGCUGCAUUGUUGUUAAAGUUAGACUCGAAACCAACUGUUAAUUCUAGAACAUAUAGGCACUUGGACUGGAUUAGGAAAAGAAGAUCUGGACGAUAAUUAUCACCAGUUAUUAUUGAGGGAUUCAGAAAACCAUUAACAUCUGCAUAGCGUGAAGAGUGAACAUUAAUUACAGGUUGAAGUGACUUGGCAAUGAAGUUAAGGAUUGAGUCGUGUCUCCAGGUAAAGCGAUCAAGGUACUGUUGACAACCAGCGACAACAUGAAGGAGUGAUUCAGGAUUAAGGCAAAAGGAGCAAUGAGGACUUUGUGAGAAUCCCCAUCUUGCCAUAUUCUUACGUGUAGGGAGGGAGUUGUUGAUGAAGUGGAUGGUAAAAUUGUAAAUGUUCUUGGGUAGAUGAGAAUGGGCCUCUGACCAAAUAGAAUUUACAGAUGCAAUGAGUACUUGAUAACAUCUGAGAAGAAGAAACCUUGAGAUGUUAGGUGGUGUUGCAGUUUAUCCUCUUGAUUAAGAACUUCCUUAGUGGAUUUGUACACAUCAUAUUGAAUAUUAGUGCGACAGCUUGACGAUUUCCAGAGAUCUUUUAAGGAAUCAUUUGGUGACUCUUUUAAUGAAUCUCGGAAAACUGUUUGGCACUGAGUAAAUUUAACAGAGGGAGGACAAAUAUUAAGACCAAAUUUAUUGCGUUCUAGGAAAACAUUGCUCAGUGUUCCAGAUAUCGGAAUAUCAAGCCAUUUUCGAAUAUAGCCAUUCACUACAGAGUCGAGAUGUUCUGUUAUCCAGGUGUUGGAUAUAUUAGCUAUAGUGAAAUGCCAGGACAAUUUAGAUAGGACAUAGCGACUGUACAGAAGAAGUUUGUGUUUAGGAUGUAGUGGCUUUAUAUCAAUGUCAUUCAUCAAGUCUUGUACAAGAGAGGACAAUUCAGACAUGUGUUGGUGGUUAGACAUGUUGAAGUCAAAGAAGCGACCUAAGUAACGAAAUGAUUCACUCAUUUCCACACAGGGAAUUAGAACUCCAUUGAUCAACAGUUUGGGUAAAUAUUGGACAGAUUUUAGUGCACAGUUUCCGUAUUCCAAAAGUAGAACAUUUAUCAACCCUUAUUAUCAUCUUCGACCAAUUACACCAGAUUAUAAAGCGGUUGAUUAGAUAAUAAUAAUAAUAAUAAUAAUAAUAAUAAUAAUAAUAAUAAUAAUAAUAAUAAUAAUAAUAAUAAUAAUGAAACUUAUAUAGCGCCGUUAUCAAAAAAUCAAACAACAUCAAACAAAAUCGGAAAAAAUCACGGCCACGGUCAAAAAUCGAUUUCGCUCCUUUUUGGUGAUCAGUAAGCCUAAGGUGUGUAAUGAAAUGAAAUGAGUUUUUUUUUUUUAAAUACUUUUUUUAACGGCCACAAACAAUAAAAAAACCGUCUCGACCCAAAAUAUCAAGAUUUCACUGGUUUUAAACGUGAAAUUAGACGGUUUUCAGAAAGUCUUCAUUCGGACACAAAAACUAAAUUCAGACCUUUUUAACUAUAGUUGUGUACACUAGGUCUUCCUUUUUUUAAAAAUACUAAUAUAUGGGGGUUAAUGUUUUAAAUAAGAAAAUAAAUAGCGGAUUUGUGUUAUUGUUAUAGCGGAUUUGUGAGGGUAAUAUGUUAUUUAUGUAAUAUGUAAUAUGUAAUGUUAUUUACCGCGGCCUUCGGCCUCUGUGGAUAACACCCUCCUCGAUUUGCUUAAUUCUUCAUAUCCUACUCAGCCUCACUCAUUAAUUGCUAAAUAAUAAGUCAGGUAUAUUGUAAUUCUAAUAGGCCAUUUUCGAGUUGACUCGAGCUUCUGUCUUAAAACGAAGCGAAGUGCAAAGCCUUUUGAUAUAAAAAUUAAUUUCAAAGGAGAAAGGUUCGAGGAUUGACCUCGUUUUGAAAAUGAAAAUUGAUCGCAUGAAAUGGCUAUUAUGGUAGGCCACAAUAGUUGCUGUGAAAGAAAAAGGAAAUCAGUUUUAAUCAUUCAGUGCCUGACUUCUUUUUUCCAGAUAUAAAUGAAUGUGAAGCAGGAAAGCACAACUGUUAUGCAAACGCCAGUUGCAAAAACACUGAAGGAUCCUUUGUGUGCACCUGCAAGCCAGGGUAUUCUGGGGAUGGAGUUAACUGCACA